AGCCCUGUGACAUUGGGCUCCUGGGUGCUGGCCCUUGUGUGGGAACAUGGUCGGACCGAGGUCUGGCACUUCAUGGUGGCCAUGGGCUGGCAGCUGCUGCAGACUCUGGAGCUCUGCCAGGGUGCCCGGGCACGAGUCAUCUCCGUGUGCAGCCAGGGAGCCAGCCUGGUGUGGUGUGAGGAGAGGCCUCCCCUGGAUGCCCACUCGGACAUGAGCAAAUGUGCCUUCAGGUUCUGUGUCUGUACCCGGGCACUGGAGGUGGGGGAGCAAGGUGUGCGGCUGGGCACCGUGAGGAUGGUCCUGCACAACAGCCCUGAGUACCACGUCCUGGCCUCCCCACAGCACGUCUUCCUGGUGCCUGUCACUGCCGGCUUUGCCACCACUUCCAAAUUCCUCCUCGUCUGGCAUCCUGAGAAGGCAAAGCUCACCAUCACAGCCCCCUCUGCAGGCUUCAUCCACAGCAAGGUGCUGCACUCCAGCAGCGAGUCAGACUUCAGGAAGCUCCUGCUUGGCUCUGUGGGUCGUCUUCCAGGUUUGGCACCUCUGGACAUUUAUACCUCCGCCAUGUCCAACAGCGGGGGUCUGCUGCUGGUGAGCACAAAGGGUGCUGUGAACAUGGUGGAGCCAGAUGGGACACAGAGGCAUAUCUUUGACCUGGAGGGGGGGGCCCUGACACAAGGAAGUCUCGUCCAGCUGAAGACCUUUGGGAGCAUCCUGGCCUGUGUGCUGGCUGGGGUCCUGUACCUCGUUGACCAGAACAGUGGAAGGCUCAUAGAGAAGAAAAUCCUAAGCAUGAAAGAGGUGCAUUUACUGGAGUCCCCGGGAGAGGAGGACAGUAUCCAGCUCCUCACUCAAACUGGUAUCUACAGCUUUAGCUUCUCCAAGUUUGAGGACUGCAGCAGACCUGAGCCGUGCCUGGUGGAGAUGGUGUUCGAGGAGGCCUGCAGAUACUACCAGAGGAGAAGCCUCAGCAGCUCCAAGCUGACAGUGGAGAAGUUGAAGAAAGGUGGCGUGUUCCAGGCUCCUGUGGCCCUUGCUGCUAUCCUGCGGCACAGCCUCCACCAGAAGCAGAAGCCAGCCCGAGACCUUCAAGACACUUACACCAAGCUGUUGAGCACAAUGAGCCUGGAACUGCAGAGCUACAUGAGCCUGGAGCUCCUCAAGACCUGUGUGGUGUGUGCCCCAGAGAGUGAGGUGGAAAGCUACUGUGAGGAACUGGUGGAGCAGGAGGUCAGCCGUGUUCUGCACUCUGACAUUGACAAGGACAACUUGGCCUACCUCAACUCCAUCUUUGUCUCCUUCCCCAAGGCCGCCUGGAAGGCCACGAGGAGUUGCCUGCAGCUGCAGCAGAAUGGGGACGGCCUCUUAGUAGCCAGGGCCACCCCAGAGGUGUGGAAGAAGGUCCUGGGAGCACCGCAGCAGGAGGAGGUGGGUCAGAAUGGGGUGGUCCCACUCUUUGAGCUCAUCUGUACCUCCUUCCUGAGAUUCAAACCCAAGUGGCUGCCCAGUUUUGUGGAGCUCACCCAGCAGUAUGUUAGCAUCUCUUGGGCAUACAGCAGCAAGGAGGGCCCAGAGGGCCGGGUACCACUGUACAAGAGAGCGCUGGGAGUACUGGCCAGGAAGAACAAGCACAGCGAGGGAGAUGAUGAGAUGGAGCUCGAGCUGCUGCUCUGCAGCAAGAGGCCCAAGGCUGUGCUGCAAGCUCUGCACCUUCUCAUCUGCUUGAAGCGGUGGCAGCGAGUGGUAGAGGUGGCAGAGAAGUUCUCCAAGCUCAGCCCCUUGCUUAACAAGGAGAUAUUCACAACACUGCUGGCAGAGUUUGCCCAGCACCGGGAGCUGGACCCUUAUCUGGACACACUGUGGCCACUGUGCCCCGCUGAGCUCACUGCCUCGGACAUCCUCACGGUGGUCCUUAAGCACCUCCCUCACACUCAGGAGGACCCCAUGCCCUUCUCCAGUGAGGAGAACCAGCUGACUGUUGGCUUGCUCAAGCCACUGCUGCAAAGGGUUGUGCAGCGUCCCUGCAUCCAGGACGAGAUGUACUCAGAUGCCUUGCAGAGCCCCACUUUCCCCCCUCCUACCCCACCCCGAGAGCACAAGAUCCCCUUAAAAGCAGCAGCCGAUGAUGCCCCUCAGCCACCCAUGGUAAGGACUCCCUCCCCCUCUGUGCAGGGCGACACUGCGUGA